ACUCCUGCGCCCAGGGCUCCGCGCUGCAGCUAUGCCCAUGCCCUCCCCCGUGCCUAUAUAUCUCCCUCCCCGGCUGCGGGCCGGCCGUUCUCUUCGUUCCGGUUUCCUAGCGCCACCUGCAAAUUAAAGGCGUUGUGUGGGAAGAGAGAUCUCUGGCUAGCUAGCCCUGCAGUGGUAGUGUGUGGUUGUUGUAUGAGCUUGUUCCGGUUGCAGUAGGAAGGAGCCGCCUCCGUGGGCAUGAGCUGCAACGGGUGCCGGGUGCUGCGCAAGGGCUGCAGCGAGGGCUGCGUGCUGCGCCCCUGCCUGCAGUGGAUCGACGCCGCCGACGCGGAGGGCCACGCCACCGUCUUCGUCGCCAAGUUCUUCGGCCGCGCUGGCCUCCUCUCCUUCAUCUCCGCCGUGCCCGACGCGCAGCGACCUGCGCUGUUCCAGUCGCUGCUGUACGAGGCGGCGGGGCGGACCAUCAACCCGGUGCACGGCGCGGUGGGGCUGCUGGGCACGGGGAACUGGCACCUCUGCCAGGCCGCCGUCGACACCGUGCUGCGGGGCGGCGCCAUCGGCCCGCUCCCGGAGCUCGGCGGGGGCUGCGGCGCCGCCGCCGGGAGCGGGGACCUCUACGGCCCGGCCGCCGGCAAGCAGCGCGCCGGCGGCUGGUCCACCUUCUCCACGGCCAAGCGGGUGCGGAAGGCGGCGCCGCCCGCGUCGGAGGCGUCCUGCGACCUCGGGCUGUGCCUGAGCCCCGGGUCCCCGCCGGCGCCCGGGGAGCGGAGGGCGCCCCUCCUGCGGCCGGGCACGCCGUCCAUGAGCUCGGACGAGUCCGUGACCUGCGGCGGCGACAGGGAGCCGGUGCUGCUCAACCUCUUCCCCUGAGACGGAGCGCCUGCGGCCAGCUAAUCCUAAUCCCUGCGUUCCCUAGCUGUCCACCGUACGUGUGCUCUCAGGACGGCGGACGUUCCCGGCGGCCAAGUAUUUAGUUGUUCCGCUUGCCGCCGCCGGCGAGGCCAUUUCCCUUGGUUUCUUGGCGGCCUCUGAUUUUGUUGUGUAGCUCUAGUAGAAAAGAAGCUAUAGCAGCCGGCCUGGACGCCCCGUUUGCGUGGGCGAGAUGAGAGCGCCGGUGGCCACCCCACCCGAGUAACCAUUUUCCUUUUUCUCUUGGACAAUUAUAUAAAUAUAUAAUAAAUAGUAGUACUAGUGUACUACGCUGAGGCUGAGCUCCCCUUUUUUU